CCAAAUAUUACUUCUUUUUAACCAAGGUUUCUCCUCGCCUAGAGAAAAAGAAAAGUCUGAUAAAUUCUUUGAAUCUAAGCUUGAAAGCUAGGAUCUUUGGGGUUUGAAAAGACUUGAAUUUGGGCAUUCAUCAUGGUUUUUAGAUAAUAAACAAUAUUGGCUUGCUUAGCUUUUCGUGAAUUAAUGUCUAUGGGGGGGGGGUCUUGCUGUUAGGGAUUUUUAUCACUUGGUACUCGAAAUCAUUAUUUAUGCUUGAAAAGUGAAAGUUGGGAUUUUUGAGUAGGUGUUAAGCGAUUUGUUUUCUCCUUCAAAUAAAAGAAACAUUGCUUUUCUUAGGGUUGAGGAUUAAUAAUUAUGGCUUCUGCAGCUGCUGCGGAAUCAUCUGAAUCUGGGUCUGGAUUAUCAAGUUCCCAGUUGAUGAAAGAUGAGUUUUUUUGUAACGAGGAAGGUUGUCCUAAACAGGCAUCACCUAUUAGGGGCAGUGGAUCGAGGAAUACAAGCCCAUCAGGUCGUGUAGGAUCGAGGAACACUAGUCCAUCCAGGCAGAAGGUGGUAAAGACCAAACCACGGGGUUUAGAUGAGGAAACAGUUGCUACAUUUGGUAAGGCAUUUCAUCCUGAUGUUCAAAUGGAAGAUAGCAUAUGGGCGAUGUUGCCUGAGGACUUAUUAAAUGAGAUUCUGGCAAGGGUUCCCCCGUUUAUGAUAUUCCGGCUUCGUUCAGUUUGUAAAAGAUGGAAUUCGAUACUUCAGGAUAAUAGUUUUCUUAAAUUUCACUCGGAAGUGCCAUCUCAUGGGCCUUGUCUACUUACAUUUUGGAAGAACACACAGACUCCCCAAUGCUCGGUUUUUAGUUUGCCGUUGAAAACCUGGUAUAGAAUACCAUUCAGUUUUUUGCCUCAGUGGGUCUUCUGGUUGGUCGGCUCUUCCGGUGGUCUAGUUUGCUUUUCUGGACUUGAUGGUCUAAUUUUCAAAGCUUUAGUAUGUAACCCGCUUACACAGACUUGGAGAAUGCUGCCAAGCAUGCACUAUAACCAGCAAAGGCAGUUGAUCAUGGUUGUGGAUCAAACGGACAAAUCGUUUAAAGUUAUAGCCACUAGUGAUAUUUACGGUGACAAGUCACUGCCUACUGAAGUCUAUGACUCAGUGAUUGAUAAGUGGACAGUUCAUCAGAUAAUGCCUGCAGUUAAUCUUUGCUCCUCAAAGAUGGCAUAUUGCGACUCCAGGUUGUAUUUGGAAACCCUUUCACCCCUUGGCUUGAUGAUGUAUCGGCUGGACACAGGAUAUUGGGAGCAUAUUCCAGCAAAGUUCCCGAGAUCUUUGCUAGAUGGUUAUUUGGUUGCUGGGACACUGAAGCGACUGUUUCUUGUUGGAAGAAUCGGUCUUUAUAGUACUCUACAGAGUAUGAGAAUUUGGGAAUUGGAUCAUGCUAAGAUUACAUGGGUGGAGAUAAGUAGAAUGCCACCUAAAUAUUUUCGAGCUUUGUUAAGACUCUCGGCGGAGAGAUUUGAGUGCUUUGGACAGGAUAAUCUUAUCUGCUUCACAUCUUGGAACCAAGGGAAGGGCCUAAUUUAUGACGUGGAUAAGAAGGUUUGGUCUUGGAUUGCUGGCUGUGCUCUUCAAUCAUACAAUAGUCAGGUUUGCUUCUAUGAGCCAAGAUUCGACACCUCUGUCAGCUGAGUUGGAAAAUUUUACCCCCGGGAUGAGCUGUUGAGAGAUUAACAUGCAACAUGUAGUUCCUCUUUUUCUUUUUUUUUUUGUUGCAGGAAAGACGGUAUCUUCUUUUGCACAAUCAUUUUUUCACGCUUCCUGCACAUAUUUUGACUGCAAUUUCUUCUCAUUUGGUGGAUGGUGCACCAAGUGAUCCUUUCAAGCUAUCCCUAUCACCAAUAUUUUUAGGCAAUUGGUGAUAUUGUUCCAUAUGGGGACUCGAUGGGGCAAAUAGACAGGCCUGAGUUGUACUUUGAUGACUAGAUGAUGGCCGAACUUCUUAAGGGUGUAUAUCAUGGGAUUAAAAGAAUUGUAUGAAUUUUUUGCACUGGCCUUUGCAUACUAAUUUAACUCCUAGUAAAUUUCAUUUCAUAA